AUGAGUUUAAUUAGUCAAAUUAUUAUUGAAGCAGAUAAUGAAUUAAGGUAUCCAAGUAUUGGAGAAUUAGAAUCUAUACAAAACUAUUUAAACACCGGUGAAAAAAGAAUCAAGAUUAGCUGUAUACUAAGAGACAAGGAAAAAGAAAUUAUACAAAAAGCAAGUAAAACCAUCUUUCAAAUUCAUCCCGAAUAUAUUGCGCCUGGUGGUAAUGCUGAAGGAGCAACCAAAAGAUCUUUAUGUUUACGAGAUUAUGGAUGGUACCUAAGAUUAAUUACUUAUGGUAUUUUAGCUGGUGACAAAACAUCUAUUGAAAAAAUAGGAGUCGUUGGUGUUAGAGAGAUGUAUAAUUCUUUAGGAGUACCUAUUUUGGGUAUGAUAGAUGCUAUAAAGUGUCUUAAAGAAGCAACAUUAGAGAUACUUGUUAAAAAUGAAAGUAAUCGACAAAUGGUAUCUCCUUAUUUUGAUUUUUUAAUACAAGGAAUGUCACAGUAA